UGUGUGAUGAACCAAUCACGGCGUCAGGAGUGGCCACAGAUUGGUUAUAAAGAGAUGCUGAAGUGCAGUUUUCCUGUGUAAUGUUCAGAUGAGCUGAAACAUGGAGCUUCUUCCUCUCGUGUGUCUCUGUCUCCUGACUUGGUCUGGAACAACGUUUGCUGAUGGAAACGACCCAGGCGUCAUCAGAGUGGUCGUAUUUGAAGAUGAUGAUGCUGUUUUACCUUGUUCCUUUGGCUCUGUGAACAUUGAACAUCAGGUCUUUGACUGGAAGAAGGAUGGUCAGGAGGUGUUCAUAUAUGACAGUGGCCGUACUUACGGUGACGGUCUGUCAGGUCAAGAUAAGCAGUUCGAAGGACGGGUCGAACAUUUUCCAGAUCUUCUGAAGUCUGGUAACGCCUCCAUAGUUAUCAGACGUACAGAGGUGACUGACAGUGGAAGCUACACCUGUGAUUCUGUGCAAAACGGAGUGUCAACAACACAAUCCCGCAUUGAGCUUAUUGUUGAUCCUGUCUUGAUAGAGGGAAGACCGCUAAUACUAGCUGCAGCUCCAGAGCCAUAUGUCACAAUUCUGGAUCAAACAAAUGACCGAGCUCUGCUGCAGUGUGAGGUUCGGGGUAUUUUUCUCAAACCUGAAGUGGAGUGGCAGGACAGUUCUGGAAACAUCCUUCCUGCUGAGGAACCACAGGUCUCUGAAAGAGGAGGACGCUACUCCCUCCAAACUACUGUAACCAAGACCGACCGCUAUCGCUGUGUCGUCACACAAGAGGAAAUCAACCAUCAGGUUCAUUCUGAGACCUUUGUCUUUAUGAAUGGUGCAGCUCCAAAGCCACGCAUCAAGACCAUUAAUGAAACAAAGGACUGGGUGCUGCUGCAGUGUGAGGUUCAGGGAGCUUUUCCCAAACCUGAAGUACAGUGGCAGGACAGUUCUGGAAACAUCCUUCCUGCUGAGGAACCACAGGUCUCUGAGAGAGGAGGACGUUACGACAUCACCCUCCAAACUACUGUGACCGAGACCGACACCUAUCGCUGUGUCGCCACACAGGAGGAAAUCAACCAUCAGACUUUUGAUGAGGCCCUUGUGCGUGUCUAUGUUUCAGAGUGUAAGACUGGAUGGAUUGUUAGAACAUCUCUUGGGAUCCUUUUGAUUGUGGUUUGUGUUCUAACUGUGCUUAAAGCCAAUGGCUGCUUCAACUGUAAUAAAGAUCCACCAACAAAGACAAGAGUCCCCACUGAAGACUCCAGUCAUUCAGAGCAGCAACUUGAUCAAGGUUCUUAAUCACCUUUACACGAGCUGUGAACUCCUGAAGUGUGUGUGUGCUGCUGUGUGUCUAUUUUUUGAGAAUCAGUUUUGCUGAGGUUGGGUGAGGUUGUUGUUUUCAUAUGGAAACAUUACAUGGACCACAGUCUUUCCUUGAGCUUAACAGUAGACGAGGUUGUUUCUUUUAAAUUCAUUUAUUGGUUUAUUUAAUAUGGACCAUACACCUUAAUAUGCAUUAGAGUUAGGGACCAAAUUACAAAUGGACCUGACUGAACCAGCUAAAGUGAAACAUGUUUAUUUUCAUAUCUGUGUUAUUGAGGUUAUUUGGGACAAUCAUGUGUUGCUUGUUUUUCUGUCUUCAGUUGCUGAUCCAGAGUCUGUCAGGUACAGUUAGAGUCUGAACUGUUUCCUGUUGUUGACUGUUAGAUGUGAAUGGUGUGCUGUCUGACAGUCACUGUAUGUUGAUGUUGGUGACUGAUGAUGCAGCUGCAGGGUGUCAUGUGACUUCAUUUCUAUCCAACAGUUUGAAUAAAAGCUGAAAACUAUCAAACUGGAUGUUGAGACUGUUCUGGAUGUUUCUGUUCAGCUCUUUGCGUCUCUGUUAGCUUUGAGGACUUUUCUGACAAUCACUCCGUGUCCAUCUGUCAGGGGAUGUGAGGAGAUGGAAGCUAAUUUCAGUCAACAUACACAUUUUAAUGUCUAGUCUUUGAUUUAAUACGUUAUUAUCUAAUAUUCAUUCACCUUAAUCUGAGUCUAACACAUGCAGCUACAAGUACACAAAGCAGUUUAUACAAGUGUGACGUGGAAACCUGAAGUCUCCACUGCACAUAAACUGAGAAUGGACUUCAGUGAAAUAGGACACAUCUCCAGUCAGUGAAAUGAAAUUGUUUUUAUGUUUUAAAACCUGUCCAGAGGUGAUUUUCAAACACUGACUAUUUUCUCACUCAUGCGUGAGACCUGCAACCUGCAGGUCUGACACCUGUAAGUAUGUCUUACACCUGCAGGUUGCAUGUGGCUAGAGCAGCUAGCAGCAGGGAACCCCUGAACUCUCCAUGAGGACCCUCUAUGCCAGACUGCCGCCUGUACUAGAAUUAAAAUCUAAGUAUUCCUUACAUACAUCUGUGAAAUGAAAUACUCACUCUGAUUGUUGACUGCCAUGUUGUAGUUCUCUAACUAAGAUUAAAGCUG